AUGGCUAGUCUCAAGAAUAUCAUGAAUACCGAGGACGAGCCAGUCGAUCCUCGAUCUGAGACCCGUUCCACCGACCUGACUUCAAGGUCCUCCUCUGUUCAAAGCUAUGCUACAUCAUUAAACCACCAAGCACCCUCUUCUUCUCAUAACAACCUGCCUGAUCCAUCAGAAUCAUCCACGUCACCUUCUGUCCUUGAUCACUCAUCACCGACCACCACCGAGCUCAACAUGAACACUCGACGUCGUAGCAACAUGAGUAUCGACUCUAAUGAUAUGUCAUACGGCUCUUCUCAGCACGACUCAUCGUCAAACACUUCCAUGAGACCUUACACAGCUUCAGGGGACAGCGAACCGCAUGUCAGAUGGACCCCAAUUACUGGAAAGAUUAGCAAAGCCAAGAAAGGCAUCCCAGUCCACAAAUGCCACCAAUGCCAUAAGACUUUUACUAGGGCAGAACACUUGAGACGACAUCAGCUCGGCCACUCACCUCCAGAUCUCCGUUGCCCUAUACCCAGUUGUAACAAGCCUUUCCAUCGCAAGGACCUUCUCGACCGACAUGUUCAGAAACAUAACCAAGACGGUUCUGCCAAAGAACCAAGACAAUCUCCUGGCCGAGAGAGUUCUAAGCCAUAUACUCUACCCCGAGCAGUGACUCCACACAAACCGACACUUAAACCGAACGAAGACUUUGUCGAUCCUCAUCCAUUAGUUCACCGGAAUGUGCCUACACCUUGGCCAACAAUGGCCCAUACGCCCAACUCAAAACCCAGCUACAAUCCGAGGCCCGAGACAGACAGACCAGACAGCUACAUGACACCAAACAACUACCAUGAAUUGGACACUACGCUACCAGGGCCAAGUAGUUUCCCAACAAACCCCAUGUUGCCUGGCAAUGUCACGCCAGAAUUAUGGCAAGGUACUUCGGCGCCCCCGAGCGAGUUCUCAACUCCUCCUGAGAAUGCAAGACGUCAGCAGUUCUCUGGGAUGGAGCCUUGGACGAACCCUAUACCGGCUUACCCGAACUCUUCCAACGACAUGUUGAACACUAUGAAUCAUACUCCCUAUUCUGCUUCUUAUCCGUACAGCAACAGCACCCCACCACAGGUCUACCCAUCCGUCUUCCCAGACAUGGAGGUUCCUCUACCUGUCUAUCACGAAGACCCUUCUUUCGGCACUGUCAAUCAGAUUCCAACUUCUACAGUUCGUAGCGUGUCCCCUUCAAUGGCUGUUCCUCAAUCUGAGACUUUAGUAGCUGUUCCAUCGCUACCAACUUCAGGCGGGGCUUUCAAUUUGGCCGGCUGCGGCUCUGGGUCUUCAGGAGGAGAAGGCUUGUUGAGCACCGAGGAUUUGAUGCCACUGUCUCUUUCCCCUGCUAUCAAGGAAGCAAUUCCUAGAUACCUGGAGGUCUAUUGGGAUAAAGUGCACCCGAAAAAUCCUAUUGUUCACAAGCAUACGUACCAGAAUGUCCCUCAAGAAGAAACGGAGCACGUACAAGUACUGCAAUGUGCCAUGGCCGCGCUGGCAACCCAGUUUAUUCCCAUCACAGACGAUCGUAUGAAGGGAGCACAACUUCAUGCUUACGCCUGGCAACAGUCCAAAGUGUUUACACAUGUUGGAAAGUGGUCAAUGCCAGUCCAACAAACAAUUGCAUUAUGCGAGUACUACGCACGCUUCCGUGGCAGAAAGUCACAUUCACAUCAACCUUCUGCCGAAUUCACUUCUCUCUACCCUAGGGUCGUCCGUGAUCAACGUACCUUUACUUUUCGGUCUACCGCCGGAGAUGAACGUCAAGCUUGGAAAGAUUGGAUUGCCGCAGAAUCACUACGACGGUUAUUGGCAGCCUGUUUCCUACUUGAUGUGCAUAGUUCAUGGUAUCAUGAACGGCAAUACAUUUCUAUGCUCGGCUUAGACUACUCUUCCCCAAGUACUCUACCAAUUCCACUCACAGCUACAACGACAAAGCCUUGGGAAGCAGAGGACUGUCAAUCAUGGUCGAAGCUAAGGGUAAGAAAGGACCCCCAAACCAUUUCGAACACCAACCUGGGGACGCUGUCCGCUUCAGAUAUAGCAUCAGCUCCGGCUUUUGAUACAGCAGUUUUCCUCGCUGUAUAUUCACUGUUUCUUCCACGGCGUCAGACCCCAAUGCAAGUGAACAUCGUGGGAGAUGCAACAAAGUUUCAGCCGAACGCAUGCCCUAUCUUAGGAUUGUUCCCUGACUCAGCCAUUGCCAAUACAUAUUUGGCAUUACACCACACACCUCUGUAUUAUUUAUUAUCUGUGUCUGGCAAGAGUUGGGUUUUCAACAAGAAGUUGACUGACUUGGGUCUAUUCACGGAAUACCGGAAACUAUUGGAAGCAUGGCGAAGCUCAGACACAGCUUCAACAGCGGCAGUGUUUGCUGCGCGAGCUUUGAAAGCCUUCUUUGGUCUGAAGUCCUCACCUGAUCAGACGGAUUGCAACAAAGUGGAGAUUUGUCCGAAAGAAACCAUGCCCUGGUCUGACAUCUCGGACUAUUGGGGCGUAUAUGUUUGUACCUUGAUUUGUUGGGCCUACGGUCUUGAGGAGAAACAGGAGACAUCCAAUAUCGUGUCAACGCAAGAAGUCACAAAGAGAUGGAUCUUGAAGGUGGCGUGCCAAGAGCCCUUCAAGGCACAAAUGCAGAGUGAGCGGAAGGGAGCCCAAGGGGUCGCCAGUCUCGCAAGGGAGAUGUUGGCGAACGAUUGUUUAGGAGGGGGAAACAUUCUUUUCGCGGAUGCUGUAAACGUCCUCAAACGACUAGAGGAAGACGUGACCAGGAGAUGUUGA